AUGUCCUUCAAGUAUUUUGCAGGACCCUCCAUCUCAAUACUACUACUUACUUGCGCUUCAAUUUUGACUUUAAAUGGAGCGCUAUCAAAGCGGCUUGUGCGCCUCAAGCCAAAAAGUGACAAAACAGUACCACCAACGUUAAUAGAUAAAAAGGCCGAAAAUUUGUUUUCGGUUCUUAAUAAGCGUCCCGAGAAUGAUAUCUUCGACCCCAGAUCGUGCAAGGAAGAUGAGAGUUUGAACAUGCCAAACUUUACUGAGCCCGGUCGAAGAAUAAGCGAAAUAAAGUGUCUCGAGAAUUUGUGGCGCAUGCGAUUUUAUGAUGAAAUGCUCUUCCGAUCAGUGAAGUGUGGAUUUGACUUCGAUAAAUUAAUAAGUAUAAUAUUUGGAGGUCGCGAUGCUGAGCCUCGAGAAUUCCCUCACAUGGGAGCGUUAGGUUGGCGAUCCGUAAAUAAUACGUGGAUAUUCAAAUGCGGUGCCACUCUGGUUUCACAAAACUUCAUGAUCACAGCUGCCCAUUGUUCAAGGGCAACAAGAAGUGAUACACAAAUCGCUGAUCCUGUGCCCAAAAUAGUACGAAUUGGGGAGACAAAUCUUGAAUUUAAGGAUUUGAAUGAAGAGCAUCCAAAAGACGCAGUAAUAAAGAGGAUCAUCGUGCACCCUUAUUACAGAUCGCCAAAAAAAUAUUACGAUAUCGCCAUAUUAGAACUGGAUGGCCCCGUGAUGUUUACAAUGAAAAGUCAUCCCGCCUGCAUCUGGACAAAUCAAUAUCAGGAAGUAUUUGGCAAAGCUGCAUUGACUGGUUGGGGCAUAACAGAACCAGGUAGUCAAGUUGCUUAUCCCAAGUUGCAAGUAGCCGAGGUUGACGUCUUAAGUUUGCGAGAUUGCGACAAAAGACUACACUCCCGACGAAACCGACAUUGGAGGGGACUUGUCUACCAUCAGAUGUGCGCUGGACAUUUGGCUGGAGGUAUCGACUCGUGUCAGGGUGACUCUGGCGGCCCACUGCAGAUGGAGAUCGACAUACCGGAAUAUUCGGACUGGAAAAUUCACUACAUCGUCGGUGUUACCUCUUUCGGAUACGGAUGUGGUGUUUUAAACACGCCGAGUGUUUACACUAGAGUAUCAAGUUUCGUUGAUUGGAUCGAAAGUGUUGUUUGGGAAGAAGAAUAUAAGAAAAUGAAAAAAUUACAU